GACGGGUGCGUUGAACCGAGGGCGGGCUUUUAAACUUCAACACAAAGCAAGCAGCAGAAAAUUUUCCGCGUUUUUCGCGUCUGCUGUUUGUUCUCAAAAUCUGCAGAUUAGAACCUACUUUUAAUCAAAAUCGUCUCGAACAUCGAUGGAAUAAUCUUCGAUAGUUUUAACUAGUUUUGUCCUGUGCGGUGCUGUGAUUGUGGUUCAUCAUGAUGGCCAAGGCCAAACUUACGCUCGACUGGAAGAAGCGCGUCAAGUCGGAGUACAUGAAAAUCCGAGCCAGCAAAAGGCACAAACGGGCGGACGAGGUCAAAACUGCUUGGAACAGGAACCGUCAAAAGCUGUUGGACCUGUUGGUGAAGGAAAACGACACGUGGCUGUCGACGAAUGCCACCUGGGUGCAAAAUGAGACUGAACUUCCCCACGUGGAGUGUAUGAAAAAGGCUGAGAUAGUCAACAAUGAGGGAAUGCACCAGACUGUUCCGAUACGGGUGAUCACUGCCGUAACUCCGAUCCCGACCAUGUACACGUGGGCCCCUACCCAGCAAAACUUCAUGGUUGAGGAUGAAACCGUUUUGCACAAUAUCCCGUACAUGGGUGACGAGGUCCUCGAUCAGGACGGUUCGUUUAUCGAAGAACUGAUUAAGAACUACGACGGGAAGGUGCACGGCGAUAAGGAGGGUAGCUUUAUAGAUGAUUCCAUUUUCGUUGAAUUGGUACAUGCGCUGAUGCAGUACACGGGAAGGGACGUGGACUCCAGCAGCAAUGAUAGCACCAAGGUUACUAGAAAGACUGCCGUUGACGAGACUGCCAAAGACCCCCUGCCUUCCACCUCCAAGGUCAAGGGGAAAACUGAUACUAAGGAUGAUAAUGCAACAGACACUGCCAAGGAGGAAGGACUGCCCAAGCUCAAGCUAGAACCGUUUGUAAUUGUUAAGAAGGAAGUUAUCGACGAGAAGCCCUUCCCUCCGCCGAUAAUUUUCCAAGCCAUCAGCUCUCAAUUUCCCGACCACGGCACCCCAGAGGAACUGCGCGAAAAGUAUAUUGAGCUGACCGAACGUGUCGAUCCGGAACGCCCUCCUGAAUGCACUCCCAACAUCGACGGACAGAGGGCCGAGUCUGUGUCGAGAGAACAGACACUCCAUUCCUAUCAUACGUUGUUCUGUCGACGAUGUUUCAAAUAUGAUUGUUUCUUGCACCGAAGUCACGUUGUUGGCCAGUCGCCGAAUCGUCUUCAAGCUUGCCAUCCGGGUCCCAAUCUGCAGAAGAGACGUUGGCCAGAGCUGAAGCAAUCGACGAAGCCGUGCAGUGCCGCUUGCUACAUGUUGCUGGAUGGCAUGAAGGAACGUCUGGCGGUGGACAACAAGAACAAAACCCCGAUGGAUUCGGGCAACGAGGCCAGCUCUGAGGAUAGCAAUGACAGCAGUCGCUACAGCAAGGAAGCUCCUUUCGGUUCUAAGGAUCCCAGCACCACCAACGGCCAACGCAGUAAUGGUAACGGGUCGGUCAACAAUUCCGCCACUCUGCUAAGCCUUUUGCAGACGGCCGACGAGGAAUGGAACGGUUCGGACAAGUCAUUCUUCCGCACGUUACACAAGGUCUACCUUAACAACUACUGUGCCAUUGCGGAAGCAAUGCUUAUGAAGACCUGCCAGCAGGUGUACAUGUUCGCUCAGAAAGAAGCCGCCGAUAUCCCACUAAUUGAGGCCAACAAAGACAACACCCCGCCGCGCAAGAAGAAAAAGAAGCACCGUCUGUGGUCGAUGCACUGCCGUAAGAUUCAGCUCAAAAAAGACUCCAGCUCGAAUCACGUGUUCAAUUUCACCCCGUGCGAUCAUCCGGGUCAGUGCGAUACCAACUGUCCGUGCAUUGGGGCUCAGAACUUCUGCGAGAAGUUCUGCAACUGUAGCAGCGAUUGCCAGAAUCGCUUCCCAGGUUGUCGCUGCAAGGCGCAAUGCAACACCAAACAAUGCCCGUGUUAUCUGGCCGUGCGCGAGUGCGAUCCGGAUCUGUGCCAGACUUGCGGCGCGGAGCAUUACGAAAUCUCCAAGAUCACCUGCAAAAAUGUUAGCGUUCAGCGUGCUUUGCAUAAACAUCUCCUGAUGGCACCGUCGGACGUGGCCGGGUGGGGAAUAUUCCUGAAGGAGAGCGCCCAGAAGAACGAAUUCAUCUCGGAGUACUGCGGAGAGAUCAUCUCGCAGGACGAGGCCGAUCGCCGGGGAAAAGUGUACGACAAGUACAUGUGCAGCUUUCUGUUCAACUUAAAUAAUGAUUUCGUCGUGGACGCCACUCGCAAGGGCAACAAGAUCCGCUUCGCCAACCACUCCAUCAAUCCGAACUGCUACGCCAAGGUCAUGAUGGUGAACGGCGACCACCGGAUCGGGAUCUUCGCCAAGCGAGCCAUCCAGCCGGGAGAGGAACUGUUCUUCGACUACAGAUACGGGCCGACCGAGCAGCUUAAGUUUGUCGGCAUCGAGCGGGAGAUGGAGUUUCUCUAAAAUUGAAUAGAGCCCAGCAGCAGGAUAGGAUACGGAAGUAGUUUUAAGGACAAUUGAAAAUUUUUAACAGUGUAGGGCACUCGAAGACAUAAUAAAUACAUGCAAAGCUA